AUGUGUCUUCAUUUUCCAGUCAAGAACAAGGCAUGGCGGCGCGGCUUCUUCCUCGUCAUGGCUUUAAUAUCAGCUCAGUCAUUCAACGGCAACUUCACCAUCCUGACGUACGCGUGGACCAUCAUGUCAGAGUCAGGAGUGACAGCCAACCCGGAGCUGACGUCACUGGUCGUGCCCAUGCUGAUGAUUUGCGGCUCCACGGUGUCGAUGAUGUGUGUAGAGAGGUUUGGGAGAAAGAAGCUCCUGACCAUCACCUACUCCGUAACCGUGGUCGCAAUGAUCACCCUUGCUACCACGCAGCUUCUCCGCUCCCAGGGUUGGAUUCUACCCUCUUGGCUGCCAGUGAUAGCCAUAGCAGCUUCAGUCUGGGCAUACGCUGCAGGUGUUACUCCGAUGGUCUACGUAAUCAUGUCAGAGAUGUUUAGCUUUCAGGUGAGUCAUAGUCAAAAGUUAUGAAUUAUUAUCCAAUCU